AUGCCUUCCCCAAGGAUUGUCAUAGAUAGCCCUGAAGAAGAUUUAAAAUCGUUGGUUAACCGUGGACGACCAGCAUUUUUGAUGGAAGAUUUCGAGGAACGCCCAGCUACAUCCACCCUUUCCUUAGAACAAACUAUCACAACUGUAGAUAGUAAAGAAGAAGUAGGACGAAGAAAAGAUUUGUCUUCAUCCCAAGAGGCAUGCUCAAGAUCUUUUGAUGAAAUUUUGGAAGGUUUUGAUGAAGAUACAGGAAUCAUCGAUGAGAUUUUGCACUCUUCUAGUUCCUUUGGAAUGAGGGAUAUUAAUAGAUUAGAAGACUUGGUUCAAGAUAUGUCUAAUGCUAUUGAUGAGAAUUUGAGGGCCCAGAUUUCGCCUGAUAGUUCGGCUACGUGCGAACUGAGCAGUGGUAGUGGUGAUUACCAAACAAAUUCCACUUCUAGCGCAACUGCUGACGUCACUAGUCGACGCCGCAGAGACGCCCAAAAGCACAAAAUGUCUGCUGCCAAAACGAAAAAAUGUGACGCAAUAACAGCAUCCGCAACAGCAGCAACCACUAACGGUGACGCCACACCUCCAUCUUCACCGCCGUUCUAUGUCAUACCAGACGACGUCACCAUGUCUCUAGAAGCAGCAAUCGAGAAUGAGAUGCGGUUAAGAGGAUUAAAAGAGAAAGAAAACAAUUUAACUAACCAGGAUUUAGUUAGAUCACCAGUCGCUGAUUGUUUGAGUAGUCCAGACGAGUUGUGGUGCGCCAGAAAUAAAGAUUUUGAUGCCCUAGUCGAGUCGCCUUCGGAUCAAGCAAGUGACAAAUUCGAAACAUUGCUCUGUGCUUCAAACGAAGACUUAGAUGGCAGGGUCUCCUUGACAGAUUUGUUAAGUCAGGACGAAGGCAGUGAAGCCGAAUACGAAACAAUGAAAACUCAAAUGAAAGUAUUGCAAUCUACAGUAGUUAUGCAACCUAAAGAUGACUCAAGUAGCCCCAUAGAAGAGGUUGCACCACGGGACCAAACAAAUGACAUAGACCUCUUAACAGAUACAAGAAAUAUAAGCAAACCGGAUGCUACUCAAAUACGUUUAGAUUUAACACCAGACGUGGUCAGAAAUUUUAGGACCAAGAAGUUUUUCGAAUCGGAUACAGACGAUGCUGUACUUUCAGAAAUAUUUUCAAGAACUAUCAGUUCUGCAGGAGCUACACCAACAGAUGAUGAGUUUGGAACAGGUCAGAAAGAAAUGACACCCCCAAUGCCUUCCCCAAGGAUUGUCAUAGAUAGCCCUGAAGAAGAUUUAAAAUCGUUGGUUAACCGUGGACGACCAGCAUUUUUGAUGGAAGAUUUCGAGGAACGCCCAGCUACAUCCACCCUUUCCUUAGAACAAACUACUAUCACAACUGUAGAUAGUAAAGAAGAAGUAGAGGGUGAUAGUUCUACUAAUUGGAUGACUGUAGAAGAAGCUGUUCAAGAAAAACAAGUUGGAAACUCUGGAGCAGUAGUCUUAAAUGAAAACGAAUUCUUAGCUGAACGUUUGACAACUGAAUCACACGAAGGAAGUCUUACAGAAUCACAAAUCCAGGAUGAUAUUUUAGACAAAUCACUAGAAUAUUCAGAUGAAUAUGUGCUUAAAACAGACGAAGAAAAAGAUUUGUCUUCAUCCCAAGAGGCAUGCUCAAGAUCUUUUGAUGAAAAUUUGGAAGGUUUUGAUGAAGAUACAGGAAUCAUCGAUGAGAUUUUGCACUCUUCUAGUUCCUUUGGAAUGAGGGAUAUUAAUAGAUUAGAAGACUUGGUUCAAGAUAUGUCUAAUGCUAUUGAUGAGAAUUUGAGGGCCCAGAUUUCGCCUGAUAGUUCGGCUACGUGCGAACUGAGCAGUGGUAGUGGUGGUAAAGCUCCGGGCGUUGAUUCUAACAAUGCUACUAACAUUGCUGCUAGAAAUGCUAAUUGCGCUUUAGAGCGCCUCGUCCAAUGCGAGUCCUCGACGACCACAGUGACGACGACAUCAACAUCUUCGUCAUCAUCAGCAGUCACCACUAAGAAUGAAGAAAUCGUGUCUUCUAAAAAGGUCACAACCAAAGCUACUGCCAAUGGUGAGAUGAUCACCAAUGGAGGCACUGGUGAUGCAGCAACUCCUAAGAAGAAAACGAAGAAGAGCAAGAAAGAAAAGGGAGAGGCUGAGAAGGAAAAUAUUAGUGUGAACGAAAUCGAAGUCUGUCCUCGAAAGAUUGAUAUUCCUUCAAGACCUGUACCAAGCGAUUUGCCCAGAUAUGAAGAUGAUCUUUCUAAUAUCAACGUCAAACAUUUGAAACAAAAUUACUGUAUUGAAAGCUCUAGACAGAAUCAAGAGGCCAACCUGAAGAAUCAUCAAACAGGACAAAAACCACCACCCGUUAUUAACACGGGAGUUUCAAUAAAACAACUGAAAUCCAGCUUCAACAAAUUUGAUGCUUUGCAAAAGAAAAGUUUGGCCAACUCAAAAUCAAGCAGUGACCUGAAAUCCCCAGAUGGUACUAAUGGAUUGGAAAAUGAAAAGAAAUGCAAAGGCUGCUCUCGUGUUGUUUUCCAGAUGGAACAAAUUAAAGCCGAAAACAGAGUAUAUCACAAGAACUGUUUCAGAUGCAAAGAUUGCAAUAAACAACUCACUGUGGAUACAUAUGAAAGCCACGAGAGCGAACUAUAUUGCAAGCCUCACUUUAAAGCAUUGUUUGCCCCGAAGGUGAUCGAAGACUCUCAGCCCAAAGUACCCCGUAAGCACGAAAUGAUUAUAAGAGAAAAUCAGCCCAUGGAGUUGCCCCCGGAUGUUGUUAGAGCUUCAGACAAGCCCGAUUUGACUCUGGAAUUAGAAGAAUUGAAUUCGUUGAACGUGCGUUCAAGGUUCCAGGUUUUCGAACAAGGAUCACAGGAGAGCCAGGAAUUAGAAAGGACUCCAAGUGUCGUCAACGUUAAACGAAGCCCCUCGAUAUUAUCAAAACUUGUCAAAUUCCAGAGGAAGGGCAUGGACGUGGGAAUAUCUGAUGAUGUCUUAAAUGGUUCGGUUCCUUAUGAAAUAUCUUCAGACGAAGACAAAAGUGACAGCGAUGCUGAUGGCGAUGAAGAUGGCGAAGAAGAUCCAGUGUUGGCCAGAGCUAAGAGGCGAUCUGCUCGUUCCGAACUGGCCGUGUCUUUUGCCAAAACUUCAGAUAUCAAACAAAAAUUCGAAGGCCAUCAGACAAUGACCAAGGAAGAAAGGCGAGAGGAGCGCAAGCAGGAGAUUCAGAGCAUACGCUCCAGGCUUUUCAUGGGCAAACAAGCUAAAAUCAAAGAGAUGUACCAACAAGCUGUGGCUGAAAGUGAACAGGGCAUAACGUCUUCGAAGAAGCCACCAGUGGUGGAGACAUGCGAAAAGGCUAAAUCGAUCAUGGAGAAGUUUGAGAAAGGAGAAGCAUUUGUAAGCGCACGCGAAAAUGAUCAGGAAGCUAAGGGUAUCGAACAGGAGGACAUGUCCGUAUUUGACGCUGGUAUCUGCAAAAAGUCUCGAUCGAUGUUCUUGGAAUUGGACGCAAGUGCCGCCAAGAGCGCCCAAUCGCCCCACACGCCACACGCACCACGCACACCGGAACUAAAGAAAUCAAAUACUCAGGUUUUCAACCCCGAAGACGUGGUGAAGAGUAGCGAAACGAGAGAAGAGAUCAAAAUCGAGACUGCAGAAAUUUCGAGCAAAUUCAAAUUCUUUGAGACUUAUCAACCUAAAAGUGUUGAGAGAAAGCCAUUUAGAAUCACGCCUCCCAGAGAGGGCGUUGUUAAGACCGAAUCACCAGAACGAGAAGUCUACAGGGAUCCAUCCAUUGUCACUUCUGACAACAAGAGUAAUGAUGAAAAUGGUGAUGAUCCAGAAAUUGCCGAAAAGAGCCACACCGCUACUAAAAUGUUGAAUAUCUUCAGACAGAUGGAAGAACGAAAGGAAACACAGCCACAAGGUCCUAAACCCUUGAAGAGGUUUACACCUCCUCCAGAGGAGACCCCAAGGAGGUUCCUGGAUACCAAUGACCAGAGUGACAACUCUGGUGUUACUGACAGUGAUACUGAUGAUGAAGUUCAAAAUGAAAAUGAACCUCAGAAUGGUCACCAUCAGAAUGGUGUCGGUAGGGAUGGUGUUGAUUAUGUUAAAGCGAGUGACAAGUGUGAGGAUGAAUUUUUGAAACAGGCAAGAAAUGAAGCAAGAGCCAAACAACUCAGAGCCAAAUUUGAGAAAUGGGAAAGCAAUGAAAUCAAAAGGGAACAAAGUACGAUAAAUGUUCUUGAAGAGUGCCAAACUGAAAAUAAUGACUCACAAUUAGAAAGUGCCAAAAGUCUGCGGGAUAGAUUUGAAUCAAUGCGCGAGAUGACGAAUCAAAUGAACAAGUCACCACGUGUAAAAGUGAAUCGAUUUGUGAUGUGCAUGAGUUUGAAACGUCUUUUCUUUGCUAAUGAUUAA